CAUUUGUUCAAUUCAUUUCGAAGAAAUUCGUCUCAUCACGUAUCUCCCUUCUUUUUUAUAAAGGAUAUGGCUACCUGGGAGGGUGAAGAUGAAAUUGAAGAUGUGCAUAGUUUAGACGCUAAUUAUGAUCUUGUUAUUCAUCAAAUAGAAUACAUAUUAGAGAAAAUUGAAUCGGAAGAAGCAGAAUUAUCAAGGAGACUAGAUGAAAGAAUACAGCAAAUUCGGCACGAUGACGACGACAACAGUGUAAUUAGGAUUACUCAGGAUUUAAGGGACGCUUUUAACCUAAAGAGGAGAAAAGUUGAUGAGUUUAAAGAGUUGUUCGACGCUCUCCGAAAUUUGGAUCCUGUUGAGUUUAUAGAAGAGAGAAUAAAGCUUAAAAGCAAAUUAUUAAAUAGAAGGAAAGACAUUUUGUUAACAAAAGUUAAAUUGUUGUGGCAAAAUGACGAAACGGAAAUUGGAGAAAUUGUCCAAAUAAAAAAUUGUACAGGCGUUCAAGAAGUUCGUCUAAAAAUAAAAAAUGUUGUGAACUUAAGAGAAGGAAGACAAGAAAUUUACAGUAUCGUUUCAUGCUGUAGAGGCUUAUAUCUAUUAAUUUAUACUGGAUCAGUUUCUAGAAUAGACUUCUACGACCUUAAAGGGUCUUUUAUUAAAGAGAUUUACUCGGCUAAUACUUUCAUGGACGAUUUAGCUUUAAGUAGCUGCAUGGAGAGCAUGUAUCUCAUACACGUUGCCGACAAUGGAGCCAGAUUUAUAUUGAAGGGAGACUUUCCUAACUUAGAAUUUGUUAGUUGGCGUGGAGAAUUAAAUGCAAACUUUAUAGAAUGCGCAGAAAAAGGUUUACUAGUUGGUAGCUCGUUUAAGAAUUGGGUUGCUUUGUACAAAUACGACACAACUGUUCUAUUAUGGAGAAUAACCUGCCAAAUGGUUAAAAGUAUUAAAUUAUCAAGCAACAAGAAACAUUUUGUUGUCUUCCAAGGUGAAUCGCUCGAAAUAUGCGAUAUAGAAAAUGGAGAAAUGAUUAAAAGUAUUAAUUAUAGUCCAUUAACCGAUGUGAGACUUUUAAAAGAUUUGAGCGAAUCAAUUAUUAUUACUACUUUACCAUGCGGUUAUUUAAUUGCUGAAUCGUCAAAAACACUUUUAAGGAUGAUAAAUAAAGAAGGAAAUUUCGUCGAUAAUAUUAUUGAUCUUGAGAAUCCCGUUUGCGUAAUGGACUCUCAUUAUCAUUUUGAUCAGAUAAAAGUUUACAUCAUUGAUUCCAAAUCAAAAUUAAUAGUUCUAAGUAAUUAA